AUUAUUAUUAUUGUUAUUGUUUAUUUCAGUGAUGCGUUAUUCAAUUCAAAACGACGUUAUAUCAUGAAACAAAUUGAAUUUGUAUAGGCUGUGCCUCAUGUUAACAUCAACAAUAUCAGAACACCAUAAUAAGAAAAAUAAAUAAACGUAAUGAAAAACGGUCACGAUGGAAACAACUUUGGUAUCAAAGAACCACGCCCUCGGAAAAGCAGAUAUAAAGACUCUUUAGCUCCUUGUUUUUUUCCCUCUUUUUUUUAUGUGUGUUACAGAUGUUCCUGAAUAAUAUGCAACAUUAAACGUGCGUUUGUUCAGUAUAUAUGCCACUGCGUAAUUAUCCCAACAAUUUUGAUUUAGAUGCGUUGAUCCCCACAAUAUGCUACAGUCUGCAACCAAACCUUUCAAUUAUUUAUACAGUAAUAUAAGAUUUUGCUUUCACUUUUGUUGUAAAUUAAAUUCACUUUUGAGAAUCUAAAUCCCAUGGCUUCCGCAGUACAUUACGAUGAGAAAUCAGAUCCAGGCUUCCUUUAAAACACACACUGAAUUCGCGAAACUGCAUAAAAUCAGAGAUUUAACGCCCUUUGCUUCCUCUCGCUUUUUAGUCGUUUUGCUGAAUCAAAAACAUUAAUUCGCUGUUCAGCAGCUGAAAAGAGAGGCAUAAUGGCGCUCGUUGCAUCGAGCUGCACUCUCUAUAAAAUCGUUUGACUAAUAUAGCUUCGCAACUGUUUUAAUAACAUAUUCGCAAGGCAAACGGAAUAUUAAUAAUCCAGAUUGCCCUCGUAUUGUUAUUUGGUGCGUCUAUAUUUUGGUAAUGUCUGGUGUUCCCACAGAAAACAGGACGGGGAAAAAAAAAAGCCUGACCUCAUGUGGCCGAUUUCAUACUGGGCCUAACACUGACAAUGACUGCAGACCAAAAUCAACGCAUUUCCAAUACGUCGCAAUACGCUUAGGAGAAAGUUUUAACGUAAAACAAUCACGCAUUAACUGAAACACGGUCGAGUGGUCUCAUUUUCAUAAAAGGGCAUGUCCUUAAAGAAGCCUGUUGCAUUGAUUCGUGUGAUUUUUGUUGUUGUUGUUGUUGUUCGUGUGCGCGCCUGUAUUAAUAAUUGAAAAUUAAGAAAGCAAACCUUUAUAUUCACGAAUAUUUCACACAGUUUUAUUUCUAGCUGUGGUGUAUAAUUGUAUUUUCGGCUAACAAGAUCGUUUCUCUCGUUUGACAACAAUUGGAAUUAAGCUGGACAGAAUCGCAAAAACGGCAAAUUGCAUAAAAAGAAAGAAAAUGGAAAGGGAACGGAUAGCACAAGGAAUUUACUAAACCUCUCUAUAUUGUUUUAUGCACAUGCCUUUUUAAAAAAAAAUACCACACGAAGCCAACAACGCUUUUUCCUAGCUUUAUCACGGAUAUAUACAAUUUUAAGAGCUUUGCGAACAGCCACUCGUCUAUUUUCUAGUGUAUUCGACAAAGGUUUGAUGAGACUCCUUUCACAAGCGUAGUGUUGGUUUUAUAUUAUACCAGGAACUCAACUGCAGUUUUAUUAACGACACGUUUAUGAACAAUCAAAUGGUCCUCGUAAAAAUUUAUUGAAGGACAUAAAAGCAUGCACGACCACUUGACGAAUAUAGCCGCAGUUGUGGUGCGUUUUCAGGCGUCUUACUAUUCCCACCGCCCCGAUUUGUUUAAAACUCCAUUUUAUGAGGGAUAUCCCAAUUGCAUUUAUUUGAAACUCGUGGAAAAUAGGACUUCGGUGCGUAAAAGCAACCCUCUAGACAACACGAGAGCCGUAUAUUUGUCAAAAUUAUCCCGUUGGGUCCUUUCCAAUUACAUAGAAUUAAUAGUGAAACUGAGAAAGAAAUAUACAACGGUUUCUUUUUUUUUCUGACUGUUUUAAUAAAUAACAUUGUGCAGUGAGGGAUGCGCGCAGGGCUAGCCACGGCACAGUAGCACGCUCCAGACAGAGAUUGAUUACGCCGACAAAUAGUGCCCUUUUUAAGAGCGUUAACGCACGCGCACCGUCGCUCCGCGGGGCUACAAAUAAUCAUUCGGUUAAUCGGCCGCGUCGCAAUAUACUAGAAGCACACCGCGUUCGUAUAUUUAGGCUCGGCGAAAAAGACAACGUUAGUAUUAAGCAACCUACUGCAAGCUCGAAGCGCGUCGCCGUUCCGGGAGAACGCGCGCAUUGAUCUGCUGUGCAGUUUUUCUGGGGGUAAACGCAAUCACGUGUUCCUCAGGCGUCCAAUCCCAGCUGGGGAAGCUUUCUGAAAUAAUUACCUGUCUUGAUUGUUCUACGGUCAGAUAAAAAAGUACACAUACACUCCAUAUAAUAAUCGGAUGCAUGUAAAAGAGAAGGGAAACAUCGCCAUGUCGGCUACGGGUCCCAUAAGUAAUUAUUAUGUGGAUUCCUUGAUCAACCAUGAGAGCGAGGAUGUUCUAGCGAGUCGUUUCACAGCCACCGGUCCGAUAUCCUCCAGCUCACGCCCGACGCCCCUGGUACCGGAAUGCGCGGAUUACCCGUCUUGCAGCUUUGCCCCGAAACCACCAGUCUUUACUACCUCGUGGGCCCCUGUUCACUCCCAGUCGUCAGUGGUUUACCAUCCAUACACUCACCAACCUCACCUAGGCACAGACUCAAGGUACGUUCGCUCUUGGCUGGAGCCUAUCCCCGGCACCGUGUCUUUUCCAGGAUACGCAGGGAAUAGCAGGCACUACGGGCUGAAGCCCGACACCUUCCAGGAUCCCCGCGCCGGAGACUGUUUGGGCUCAAACGGACGCACUUACACGGAUUAUCUCUACUGCUCUGCCGUCGACAUUCGAGAAAAGCAACAAAACACGCCAUCGCCUGAGACGGAAAGUCUGUCUUCCGGGAAGCACAAAGACGACAAGGCUGAAUUAGACCCGAAUAAUCCUGUGGCAAACUGGAUCCACGCGCGCUCGACCCGAAAGAAGCGUUGUCCGUACACCAAGUAUCAAACACUCGAACUCGAAAAGGAGUUUUUAUUCAACAUGUACCUCACAAGAGACCGGCGAUACGAGGUAGCGAGGGUGCUGAACCUGACGGAGCGACAGGUCAAAAUCUGGUUCCAGAACCGACGGAUGAAGAUGAAGAAAAUGAACAAAGAAAAAAACGACAGCAAGGAACAAUAGACCAAAAAAAAGCCGCGCUCAUCAAAAGACUGAAGGAAGAUCAUCGUUAGCAUCGUUACGAGUCUUAACGUUCGCGCCUCCGGCCCGUAAACAGGAAAGGGAGAAAACGAAAAGGCCGUCCUCGCGUGGAUGGCCGUCAAAACGCGAUUAUAUACGUAUGAUUUAAUGUAAGUGUAAUUUUACCAUCCUGACGCGAGUCGUAUUAAUGCGUAGUUUGGAUUUGCGUAACAUUUCUUUACUCACAAAUACGAAAGUGGACUCCGCGGAGAGGCUGCCCCGAAGUUUCAGAGAGAAAAAUACUUGAACUACUUUAUUUUCAAAUUCCUAAUUUAUGCUCUCCACGUGGCUGUCUCUUUUCUACGCUUCCAUUAUUUGUAGGAGGUCCGAAAGCCGAAUAUUUUAUAAAGAAUAACAAUUCUGUAGUUUAAAAAAAGUAUAUAUAUAUGCAUAUAUAUAUAUACGUGUUCGCGUCGAUGUGCUUAGUUUGUUUCUGAUGUACCUGUUUGUGUAUUUUACAUUCUUUAAACUGUAAAUGAGUUUCAUCAUAGAUUGUAGAUAUAUCCAAAUAUAUACAACCAUGUUAAUAUGGCUUUUUUUGUGUCUCAUUCCGUUUAUUUGGGGGGGGAGAACGAGCGCUAACCGGUCAUAUCGUGGAGUUUGGCCUGCACGCGCAAUGCUCUCACGCGGAAAGCACCGAGGUUGGAGUAAGCGCGCAAUGGCAAGGUUAUUGUGAAGAGGCUGUUUGUUGGUUGCGACCGUCGAAAUGUCAGAUUCGAGCAUCCCACAAAGAGCAAACGCCGAAACGCCCGCGGCAGGCCUCGUCCUCUCCCGCGCCUCGCUCACAUUUCGCCAUUUAACUCGAAUCCAGCUUCCAAAGCCCUCUUCCCUCAUUUUUAAAAUUCGAUUCGAUUUCACCCUGAGAUGUAAAUAAAACAAAUAAAUAGAUGA